AUGGCAGAUACAAAUGAAGAUUCAUCAAUCGAUUCUGCCGGUGCUGCAGAUGAUACAUUGGAACGUCUACGUAAUAUUACAAAAAUGUUUGCUAAACCAACUGAUGAAGAUGAACGACAAAAUUUACAAAAAGUUGAACGAGUAGCACCAAGUGACAAAAUGAAAAAUACAUUUCAAAAAUUUGAAGACAUCGCUUCAUCAAAUGGUCAAAACGAAGAAGAAGAAGAUGAAAAUGAAACAGCGGAAUCUGAUGGUAUUGUUCGAUCAUCACGAAAAAAGAAAACACCGAGAGAACAUGUUCCUUACCAUGAAAUGGCAGAAGUUAAAGAUAAAUUUGAAAAAGGUGUAGUUGAUGAGAAACCACGUGCAGAAAAACGUUUAGAUGUUCGUGUACAAAGUGGUUUAGCUUCAUCAAAAAAGCAAGCAUUUGAACAUGGUGAAUAUGAACAAGAAGUUGAAUCACAUAUAAGCAAAGUACAAAUUGAUGCUGAUCUUGUUGCUGGCUUAGCAUCAUCGAAAAAACAAGCAUUUGAACAACAUGUAACUGACAAUGAAACAAAUCAAACAAAAACAGUUCAUAUUGAUCAUGAUGUAUUAGCUGGUGCAGCAGCAGAUAAAAAAGCUAAAUUUGAAAAAGGUGAAUAUGAUCAUGAUUAUCAUGACUUAGGUUCAAAUCGUGUACAAGCUGAUGCUGAUCUUCUUGUUGGUGCAACUACAGACAAGAAGGCUAAAUUUGAAAGUGGUCAUAUGAAUGAUUCUACAACAACAUCAACACGUCGUGAUGAAGCAUUAAAUUCGGUUGAAUCAGGUAAUGCGCAAGCUAGACGUUCAGAAUUAUUAUCAAAAAUUGAUGCUGAACAACAAACACAACGCUCAGGUGAUCGUCAUAUUGAUAUUGAUACUGAACAUGGAUUAGCAACAGCACGACGUGAACAAUUAGCAUCAUUAGCUAAUACAGAAUAUAAAUCAUCAGAAAAACAUUACGAUGUUACAAGUGGUUUAGCAAGUACAAUUAAAGAACAGUAUAUGGCUGAUACAACUAAAAUAUCAACAACAAAAACAGCUCAACCUGUUACUGUUGAAAGUGGUUUAGCUAAAAGUCGUGCUACAGCAUUUGAAAAUCCCGAUGAAGCUACUAUUAAACGAACAGUUGAAAUUGAUAAUGAACUUCUUGAACGUGGUGUAGCUAAAGAACGUGUUGCUAUGUUUAAAAAUUUACAAAGUGGUACACAACCAACAGCAAGUGCUGGUGAUUCAAAAAUACGUGUUGAUGAUUUUCGUUGGCACGUAAAUGUGUGCCAACCAAUAAAUGGUUCGAUUCUAAGAAAAAAAAGUCAAUUAAUCGAGAACGGGAACAUUGUACGUGAAACUGAUAAACGUGAAGAGAUAUAUUUUGAAAAGGGUCAAACAAAAAAUCUCGUUGAACAGUGGAAAACAAAACAGAUAACACCAGAACGUGAUACACCUGACGCUCAAGUUCUACGUGACGCUGAAAUACUUCAACAAGGUAACGCAAAGAAUAUUGUCGAAAUGUGGAAAACAAUGGAUAAAGAGAACACACCACCACCUGAAAGACGUGGACCACGUGCGAUAACACCACCACUUGAUAACGAACGACGUUUAUCAAUGCCCGAUGAUGAUGAUUCUACUUCUCGGAAACCAGGCUAUGCAGAUGAUAAAGCUAAUAUUGAAUCAGGUCAUGCAAGAGCUGUUCGAGAAAGUGAUGAAGAGCAUGUUGGUGUGGAGAGUCUCAUCUCUGUUGUGCAUGAUUUAUGGAGCACGAAUAGUAAUAAUGAUGAUGAUGAUGAUGAUGAACUUAUGCAAACGGCUGAACAAAGUAAUGCAACUAGUGCAAGAAAGACCUUAAAACAAAUUACACCACCACCAGAAGGUGUUCGAAGAAAAUCAAUAACAUCGCCUGAUACAACUAGUAUUUCAAAUGCUAUAACAGAACAAUAUAACAAUAAUGAAGAAAUUGUUCCAACGAAAGGUCAAGCUCAAUCAUUAAAAAAUCGUUUUGCCGAAUAUGAAAAAGAUGCACUUAAAGUUGAAACAGCUUCAGCAAAAAUUAAAAUUACACCUAAACGAUUUGUUGAUACACCUGCACCUAAACAAGUUACUGUUGAACCAGCUGUUGAUCCAAAUAAAUGUUCUGUUUGUAAUAAAACAGUUUAUGCAAUGGAAAAAAUUGAAGCAGAUAAAAAAGUUUAUCACAAAGCCUGUUUUAAAUGUAUGCAUUGCAAAUCUAUAUUGAAACUUGGCAAUUAUACAGCGAACGAUGGACAAAUUUAUUGUAAACCCCAUUUUCUUCAAUUAUUUGCUAUAAAAGGAAACUAUUCAGCUGGUUUUGGUCUUAACGAUCACAAGGCACGAUGGUUACCAAAUUCUUCUUCUUCUUCUUCUCCUAGUAGUAUAUCAUAUACACAUGAAUCAACAUCAUUCAAUGAAAGUUAA